AUGAGAAAACUGAUGUUCAGAGAGGUUAAGUGACUUGCCUAAGUCAUUCAGCUAUUAAAGGUCAGAACUGAGAUUGAGACCCAGGUCUCUUCAAAUCCAGUCCUCUUUUCACACCAUGCUGCCUCCUUUUUUGAUUUUCUUGGGAUCUGUUGAUCUAAGCAGAUUAUUGUCAGAAUUCUAAUGAGCCUUUGACCUUCACCUUUUUACUAGUUGGAAUGUGUUAUCAAGUUUGGGUACAGUGCCUUCAAAACCAUCAUGUAACAGCAGAUGGAUGUCACUUUAUACAAGUUGCUACUUCAAACCAACAUUUUUGACUGUAGGAUCCCCGUACCUUCAGCCUUGAAUUUCAGUUUGUUGUUAUAAACAAAAUAAAAGAAGUUCAUGUAGUGCUUGCUCUAGCUUGAGUCAUCAUGAGUAGCAGUCUAGGAAAAGAAAAAGACUGUAAAGAGAAAGACCCUAAAGUGCCAUCAGCCAAGGAGAGAGAAAAGGAGGCAAAGGCUUCUGGAGGUUUUGGAAAAGAGAGCAAAGAAAAGGAACCUAAGACCAAAGGGAAAGAUGCCAAAGAUGGAAAGAAAGACUCCAGUGCUGCACAGCCAGGUGUGGCUUUUUCUGUGGACAAUACUAUCAAACGCCCCAAUCCAGCUCCUGGGACUCGAAAAAAAUCUAGCAAUGCUGAAGUGAUUAAAGAGCUAAACAAAUGCCGGGAAGAGAAUUCAAUGCGAUUGGACUUAUCCAAGAGAUCUAUACACAUGCUUCCUUCAUCAAUCAAAGAAUUGACACAGCUAACAGAACUUUAUUUAUACAGUAACAAAUUACAGUCUCUCCCAGCAGAGGUAGGCUGUUUAGUGAAUCUAGUAACACUGGCACUGAGUGAGAACUCACUGACCAGUUUGCCUGACUCUCUUGAUAACUUGAAGAAGCUUCGAAUGCUUGACCUACGGCAUAACAAACUGAGAGAAAUUCCCUCAGUGGUGUAUAGGCUAGAUUCUCUCACCACUCUUUACCUUCGUUUUAAUCGAAUCACUACUGUGGAAAAGGAUAUCAAAAAUUUGUCAAAACUUAUCAUGCUUAGCAUUCGGGAAAACAAAAUCAAACAACUACCUGCUGAAAUUGGUGAAUUAUGUAACCUCAUAACCUUGGAUGUAGCUCACAAUCAGCUGGAGCACCUUCCAAAGGAGAUUGGAACCUGUACUCAAAUCACCAACCUUGACUUGCAGCACAAUGAACUCCUGGAUCUUCCUGAAACUAUAGGAAACCUGUCCAGUUUAAAUCGUCUUGGACUAAGGUAUAACAGACUGUCAGCAAUACCAAGGUCAUUAGCAAAAUGCAGUGCACUUGAGGAGCUGAAUUUAGAGAACAAUAACAUUUCUACUUUGCCCGAGGGUCUAUUAUCAAGUCUUGUGAAUCUCAAUAGUUUGACACUAGCUAGAAAUUGUUUCCAGUCAUAUCCAGUGGGUGGUCCAUCUCAGUUCUCCACCAUCUAUUCCCUCAAUAUGGAACACAACAGAAUCAAUAAAAUUCCAUUUGGAAUUUUCUCCAGAGCAAAAGUAUUAAGCAAGCUGAAUAUGAAGGACAAUCAGUUGACCUCCCUUCCAUUGGACUUUGGGACUUGGACCAGUAUGGUAGAAUUGAAUUUAGCUACCAAUCAGCUCGCAAAAAUCCCUGAGGAUGUGUCAGGGCUCGUUUCCCUUGAGGUUCUAAUCUUGUCAAACAAUGUUCUGAAGAAGCUCCCUCAUGGCCUUGGAAACCUUCGGAAGUUAAGAGAAUUGGACCUAGAGGAGAACAAACUAGAAUCCUUGCCGAAUGAAAUUGCUUACCUUAAAGAUUUGCAGAAAUUAGUCCUGACGAACAACCAGUUGAAUAAUCUUCCCAGAGGAAUUGGUCACCUUACCAAUCUUACACAUCUUGGCCUUGGAGAGAACCUUCUUGCCCAUCUUCCUGAGGAAAUUGGUACACUGGAGAACCUCGAAGAGCUAUAUUUGAAUGACAACCCUAACCUUCACGGCCUUCCUUUUGAGUUGGCUCUCUGCAGCAAACUGUCAAUCAUGAGUAUUGAGAACUGUCCCCUCAGUCACCUUCCACCUCAGAUUGUUGCAGGAGGACCAUCUUUCAUCAUUCAGUUUCUAAAGAUGCAAGGUCCAUAUCGUGCCAUGGUCUGAUGCAUAUCAGUUGGUCCCAUACACUGUACAAAAUAUAAACUGCAUUAAUGUUGUCUCAUAUCUAUAUCUGUAUCUCUGUUUGUAGAUAUUGAUAUAUAUAUGGCAGAUUUAUUAAGACUGCAUUAUGUGUUUCUGCUAAUAGAGGAAUCAUAGCCAUUUAGAUUUUUUUUAUUCUGUACAAAAUGCUUGUUUGAGUUUUCUUUGCUGAAUUUGAUGGAUUUUUGUCUGUUGAGUCAUAUGUAAUACCAGUUCACUUAAUACAUUUGCCAACAAAUUUAAAAAAUUAUUAAAUUUAAGGGAUAAAAAUAGUAUUGUUAGAUAGACUUUCUAUUAGGAAAAAUAAUGUAAAAUAUUUGUUGCAACUUUUCAUCUUCAUUUUUCCCUUCUCCUUGUCAGAACCCUGUAAUGUCAUACGCCCUAAAGAUAGAAUUUUUCUUUAACUUAUUUUGAGAUUUGAAACAGAAAUGGUUUUUUAUAUAUUGUUUACAGUCAGAGUAAAUCACUGGAUUUUUUUAUUUGUUUUGAUUUGCUCUGUUUUAAUCAAUCAUAACUAGAAUUUAUAUGCUUCCGCUGAAGAAUUUGUAUCAGCUAGUUUAUAUACAAAAAGAUUUGCUCAAUGAAAUAACUGGUAAACUGAAAAGAUGCAGCCAAAAUGCUUGAAUUCUUGUAAUUAUGCUUCUCUGAAUGAUCAUUUGUGAGGCAAAACAUAUCUGAACUGAGCCUUUGGGGAGGGUUCGGGGAGAGGAAAGGAGACGACAUCUUUUCUAGCACAAAUAACCUUUUCAGAUUGGAGGAAAGAAAUACCUAAUUGGUUCAGUGAAGAGCAAUUACUGUUUUGGGAAGUUGCAGUUACACAAAAUCUAAUACAGUUUGAUUGGCAAGAAAAUCUUAUCCACACACAGUUUAUGUAAAAAUAUACAAUCCUAUAUAGAUAUGUAUUUAUUAUGACAUAAAUGAUAUCAACAAUGUUGAGGAUUUCUCCCCAUCCUUGUACAAUGAAAUGAAUUGAAUGUCUCUUACUUUUUAAACACUGCAAUAUAUGUAAGUUUUAGGGUUAUUUAAUAAUGUACUCUGGUUUUAUAUCUUGACUUGCCUUGUACAUCUUUCAAUCCUGGAAUUUCUGCAUCGAAGCACAAUAUCUUCACACUGUGCUGUGUUGCUGCUGAACUAAAUGCACUUUUCCCUAUAUUUGGGGCACUUGCUUCAAACAAUUCAGUUCAGUAUCAUGUAUCAUUUGUUUUAACUUCACCCUUUCCCUUAAUAGUUACUGCAAGAGGCACAAGUUGAGUUGUGCAAAGAAGCUUUUGAUAGCUCAGUGGAAAUACUGUAAGUUGUGCAUGUACUCUCUGAUAUCUUUUCUUUUUCCAUAUUGCAUUAAGGCUAACAGUGUUGUCUAAGUGGCACACAUUUCCUACAGUACUGUUCUUUUUUGUAGUGCCAGUAUAAAUUAUUUGCAUUAUCAUGGAGACUAAAAGGGCAGUUACAUUCCAGUAGGUAUCCCAAAACUCCCCUUUGUAGUGAAUAUAAAUUGUUGAUUGCUAUUUGACCAUUUCCAUUUAAGUGGGAAUUGUAUAUUUUGAACAAAUCUAUCAAUUAUUGGGAUAGGGGAGUAAGAUGGUAUUGUUUUUUCCCCUCAAAACUCAGUACAGUUAAGGAUUGUACUGCCUUAGGCUAGAAUCACUCUUCUUAUUUAUCUGACAUUUUCAUAAGGAAGAACUUUUAAAUGAAAGGCAGGUGGAGAUAUAAAACCCUAAGGGGCUUAAAUGUGCUGUAAAACUAUUGUAGAUGUCACUGGAUUUUACCAGGUAAUAUCUUUUUUUUCCUCUCUUUUUCCAUCUAUUGUGGCUUUUCAGUUUAAAUUUUGUUUAUAAAAGAACUAGUUUAUUACUGCUCUAACUAAAGCAAAAGGUUUUUUUUUCUUAGCAUAAAGAUAUUAAAAUAUGAAAAUGCUGAAACUUGGACUUUGAAGACCAUAAUCUAACUUCUGAAAAAUAAUUAGAAAGAUUUGUGAUCAUUAUAACUCUUUAAAAUGAAAAUGAUGCCCCAUAUCUCUUAAAAUAUAGGUUUUCCUUUGCUUUAAUGAGGGGAAUGCCUUUUUAGUUUGUUAAUCUAUUACAAUGGGGCAAAGAUAAACAGUUUUAUUGUAGUACUGAAGCUACCUGAGAAAGAGAAAAUGAGGGCCAUUGUAGAGACUUCUAAUGAGUAUAAAUCAAAUGUCUUCUAAUGGCUACCUCCUUAUAAAACAGCACAUGGAUUUCUUUGCCUCUACUAGCCAGAAACAAGCAUGAACUUUAAUUGGGCUAUGCUCAUUAAGCAAGACGUUUCAUGUGUAAAUAGCUUGAUCUGAAUUUUCACCUUUCUAAGGUGUACUGCUAAAAUGAUGUAUGAUCAGAGCUGACCCUCUUCCUGAAAUUGCAAUGGGAUGAGUAGUUGGUUUACCUAAAAUAACAUGCUUGCUGCUUUCUUUUAAAGAAAAUAUGACCAGUCUCUCCAUUAUCCUGUGAAUAAAUAAAACAAAAAAUGUAGA